CUGAAAGGGGAUGGCCCAAUUGGAAUAAGGUUUUGUUUCAGUGAGUGAAUCGAUUUCUAUUCUAUUCUAUUCUCUGAGCUCUCGACUCUUGUUCACGAACACCACCCACGAAAGACAAGAAACCACACAGGGUUUUAGAAGAUGCAGCGAUUCAAAUCUUUAUCAGCACUCAGACGUUCGUUUCAGAGGCAGUCUCACAGUUGCUACUCCACCAUUUCUGCUCAACGCGACAACUACCCUCAACACCACCGUUUUGAAGAAGAUGUUUUAGUGGAAGGAAGAGCUUUCUCGAGAGCUGCCAUACUCAAUAGACCAUCUCAACUCAAUGCUAUUACUACAUCUAUGGCUGGUCGAUUACAAAGACUUUAUGAGUCAUGGGAGGAUAACUCACAAAUUGGAUUUGUCAUGAUGCAGGGUAGUGGUAGGGCAUUUUGUUCUGGUGCAGACAUGGUAACCAUCUAUCGAUUACUUCAAGAAGGCAAUGUUACUGAGUGCAAAGAACUUUUCAGGACAUUGUAUCAGUUUAUAUACCUUUUAGGAACAUACUUAAAGCCAAAUUUGGCUAUCUUGGAUGGUAUCACAAUGGGUGGUGGUGCAGGAAUUGCUGUUCCUGGAAUGUUUAGGAUUGCAACUGACAAAACGGUUUUUGCAACUCCUGAAGUUCAAAUGGGAUUCCAUCCAGAUGCAGGGGCUUCAUUUUAUCUUUCUCGUCUCCCUGGUUAUUUAGGUGAAUUCUUGGCUUUGACUGGAGAAAAGCUUAAUGGAGCUGAACUUGUUGCAUGUGGCAUUGCUACACAUUAUUCACUAAGUGGGAAACUUGCAUGGAUUGAAGAACGCCUUGGUCAACUCAUGACAGAUGACCCUUCUGUCAUAUCAGAUUCUCUUGCUCAAUAUGGUGAUCUUGUUUAUGUAGAUAAAACCAGUGUUCUUCACAAGAUCGAAAGAAUUGAUAAAUAUUUUUGUCAUGACACUGUUGAGGAAAUUGUGGAUGCUUUAAAAGAAGCAGAGUCGCAUGAUGAAUUAUGUUCAACAGCCUUAAAGAAACUGAAGGAAGCCUCUCCUUUGAGCUUAAAGAUCACUUUGCAAUCUAUAAGGGAAGGUAGAUUCCAACCUCUUGAUCAGUGUUUGGGUCGUGAAUAUCGUACAUCUUUGCAUUGCAUCUCUAAACAGGUUUCUGGAGACUUCUCUGAGGGAAUUCGUGCAAGAUUAGUUGACAAAGAUUUUGCGCCCAAGUGGGAUAUUCCAAAUUUGGAAGCGGUGACCAAGGACAUGGUGGACUCCUAUUUUGCACCACUUCCUACUUCUGAGCCUGAACUAAACUUGCCCACAGCCUUGAGAGAGCCUUUCAUGUGAACUUUCUAGGUUUAUCAGAGGAAUGUCCGAAUGACACUUAUGCCCUUCCUACCAUAAAAAGUCCAUUUUUGGCAAAAGUUUCGAGCUUUUAGUUGUGUUGAUUUUGGUUUGUUAGAUUGCCAAGUAUUAUUGAUGUGUAAUUUAGAUAUAUUAGUUUAAUUUACGCGACGAAUGGUUGAUUACACAGUUAGAAACCAAGGAAUGCAAGUAAUGGCAAGUUGUACCUUGGUAAAGUCAAUGUUUUUGGCUUUCAAUUGCAAAAAGAAAAUGAAAGACGAGAUUGGGUUUUUUUGAAUAAUACAUGAA